AUGAUUCGUUUGCCAAAUAUACCCUCAAUGUUCAAUCGGAGCACCUCUCAUGGAAGCCUAUCGCUUCGUUCUAACCUCCACAAAUCCUUUGAUCAAAAACUGGAAUGGCGCAUCCCGAGCUCGCUGUUCCACCUUCUUUUGGCCUCCCAUGGACUCGCCUUACAGGUUCCUCUCAUCCUUGAUGCCCCUGCUGCCGCAAAGAAAGGUGUCUUGAUCUCGCCUGCUACCGAGGAAUAUGCGAAAGGCCUACUCAAAAAGUGGAGCUCGUCUGGCCUAGCUGUUGCUGUCGUCAGGAAGGACGACACUGAACCUAGCGGUUGGAGACACGAAUUCGGCUCGUAUGGAAUUGCCAAGGCAGACGGCUCGCCUAUAACACCAGACUCAGUCUUCGCCAUCGCGUCCAACAGCAAGCUAUUUCUCGCGUUCUCUGUUGGCCUUUUGAUUUCGAACAAGACACUAGCCCGGGAGAGAGGGCAGGAGAUCAAGUGGUCGACAAAGAUACGCGAUUUGGUGCCAGAAUGGGGUCUUAUGGACGAGGACAUGGAUCGUGGUGUGACAUUGCAGGACAUGCUUUCGCAUCGGACGGGAAUGCCAAGGCAUGAUUAUUCCGGAGUGCAACGGAAGGGAGGGAUUUCGGAAAUGAUUUCAACGUUGCAAUACCUCCAGCCCUCUGCCGAAUUCCGCGAGACCUUCCAGUACAAUAACCUUAUGUAUGAAACACUUUCAUAUCUCCCGGAGGUUCUCCUCAACCAGACAUACGAGUCGUACAUCGAGCAACAUCUCUUCAGACCGCUCAACAUGAGCGCUUCCACGUACUCCGUUGCCGAAGCCGAGCGGAGAGGAACGCUCGCAGAUGGGUUUCAAUAUGAUCUGGGCGACAUCACACAAGGGAAGAAUGGCACGCUCAUCCCCACUGUCCCAUAUUUCCAACGCCCGGGUGAAGAGCGCACUUGGGCUGGCGCAGGCGGCGUUCUAACUUCGGCGCGCGAUUUGGCUGUCUGGGUUUCGAUGCUCCUCAACAAAGGGCGCCAUCCGUACACGAAUGAAACCAUCAUACCUGAGGAGAUCGUCGAGCACGUCGCCCACGGACGUUCUGUGAGCCACGGGAAGCCCGAUUUCCCAGAGAUCAGCGUCAGAGUAUACGGCGCGGGACAGUGGCGCUAUUCGUACCAAGGACACGACAUCAUUGAGCACGGAGGGAGCAACCCGGGUUACAAGACCCAGGUCGCCCGCUUCCCUGAUGACAACCUCGCGAUCAUUACACUAUCGAACGACGAACACGGCGGCCCUCUGCUUGAGGCGGUGAAAUUCCGCAUUGCGGACGAACUGCUUGAUUUGAAGCAGCUGGACUGGAACGACAGGUGGGUCAUGACUUUCUCAGCAAUGGCUUUCUUGCUGAAGGUGACGAACUGCAGAUACGAGAAAAUGUCCAAUGAGAAUGUUGAAAAGGCCCAAAAUUUGACACCCAGGCCUUCGCCACCUACACUACCGUCGAGGCCUUUUACAUCUCUCGCCGAAUCCUCAUUCAGUCACCCAGCGUACGGCACACUCAGACCCUGCCUCGUUCCGGAGACAGUCCCUUCAGCGCCUUUUUAUUCACCUCAAGCACACUGCGGCGCUUUCCUCUCGUCUUACGCCGUCGAGCGGAUCCUAUCUGCCUCCAAUCUUUCCAUCCCCACAUAUAUCAUCCCAUGGAAACGGACUUUUGCAACGCACCUCCGCCUGGCACACUUUGACGAAAAUCUCUUUAACGUGACGAUCCUCUGGUCAAAUGCCGAGGUCAGGGAGAAAGAGCGCUACGGUUCUGGAGGCGACUUGCUGAUUGGGUUGGAUCAGCAUUUCGAAGUGGAAUGGGUGUCGGGAGAGAAUGAAGGGUUGGCGUUCAAAGGUGGGUUCUGGGGGAAAGAGGGAUUAGAUUCGAAGUCGCCUGGAGGGGAGGGGAAAGAAAGUGCUGAGGUUUGGUUUGAAAAGGUAGAAAACUCAUGA